CCAGGGUUCAUAAUAAUACGAACCGAAAAACCAAAGAAGGGCAAACCCUAGGAAAUUCUUAAUUUCGGAUUCUGUAUAAUUGAAGAUUUACAUUCCGAGAUCUUAUUUCUUCAAUAAUCCAAAGGAACUGGUUGAUCUCGGCCAUGGCGAAUUCCAAGAGAUCAACAAAUAUAAGAAAUUUGAUGUUUCCUGGAAAGCACGCCUUACUUCCUCCAAAAUGUCCAUUUCCUACUGUUUCCUCAACAUAUAAUGAUAAUGCGCCCAACAAUGUACUUGGAUCAAAAGUGGUUCAAAAACCUAGAGAGGGAAGUGCAUACCACCAGCGCACUUCCUCUGAAAGCUUUUUGAUAGAGGAACAACCUUCUUGGCUUGAUGAUCUCCUUAAUGAGCCAGAGACUCCCGUGCGCAGAGGAGGCCAUCGACGAUCAUCGAGUGACUCUUUUACAUACAUUGAUGUAUCUAGUGCUCCUAACCUAGAUUAUGCAUCUCAGGAUGAUUAUAGUUAUAGAAAUAUGAAUCCUGAACUUUCUUGGCCAUCUCAUGACUUUGAUCAUCACAUUUGUAAAGAUGCUCAGCUUAACUCUUUCUACGCCGAUGAGAACUUGUUAAAGCAAAAGAAUAGGGCUUGGGAUUCAUCUUUGAAUGCUGUGACCCAUCCAAGAGGGCCUCCUUCACUUAGAGAAAACACAUUUGUUCAGGGUUUAGGAUCAUUUUCACCACGAAAACUAGAGGGUAUACCAACAACAGCAAAUGGAAAACAAGAUUCUGCUAAAUCUGUCCCUUUUGAUGCUGAAGCUUCUUCUGAGAAAAAAGAUAAUUCCCACGCCAAGUCUUCUGGAUCUGACAGUGACACAAAAAGAGCCAAGCAGCAAUUUGCUCAACGCUCAAGAGUGCGUAAACUUCAGUACAUAGCUGAGCUGGAAAGAAAUGUACAAGCUUUGCAGGCUGAAGGAUCUGAAGUUUCAGCUGAGCUUGAAUUUCUUAACCAACGGAAUCUUAUUCUUACCAUGGAGAACAAAGCUCUUACUCAACGUUUAGAGAGUUUAGCUCAAGAGCAGGCCAUCAAAUAUCUGGAGCAGGAAGUAUUGGAGAGGGAACUUGGUAGGCUACGAGGCUUGUACCAGCAGCAACAAAAUCAACAGCAGCAGAAGCACAAGCAUCCAUCAUCAAGCCAUCAACGCUCUAGCAGUAGAGAUAUUGAUUCCCAAUUUGCAAACCUAUCUCUGAAAUAGAGGGAUACCAGUUCCGGUCAUGACACUGUCACUGGUCCACUGCAUUUAAAUAUCUAAUCUAGCCAGAGCUUUUUGGGCAACUACUUCAACUGGAACUGCCAUACUGACCAAAUUUGUUGCUUCCACAUCCCUUUGCGCGGGGAUAAAGCUAAGUUCAUCCAGUCUUGGUGCCCUCCCUCUGCCUGAUAUUCUCUUUACUUUACGUCAUAUCUUACCCUUUUUAUUUUCCUUUCAGCCAAUUAAAUCUUGAUGUGCACCUGGUAGUCAUUGCCAGCAAAUUUGAUUUCUGGCACAUGAUUCGCCUGAGGUGGUAAACAUAAGAACAUUUCCCUCCUUCCUGUCUAUUCAUCAGUGGUUGCUAUGAUUGUGAAAUUUAUUUUUCCUCCAUUUGGAGUAUCCCCAGUGGAUCCCACCUCAUUGUGAGGAGAUCUUUAGGCUGUUUAGAUGUGCAUUAUAUAUAAGGCAUAAUGGCAGGAAAAUAUUUAUUGUACAAUGCUUUUAAUCAAGUCUCUGUCAUAUUUAUGGGCUCUGUUGGAUAUAUGUAUUUGCCAGGUAUUGAUCCUCAUCUUGAAGAUAGUUUGAUGUUUGCA